GGUGUUUUCGCUCAACCUCGCAUCGCUUUCCAUGGCUUUGGCUUGCUUGCUCCGGGUGAGCUGACAAGAGUUGGAACGAGCAAUGAAGCCUCGGCUUGUCACGAAGGACACUGGUGGAAAAAUGCCCGACAUCAGCCAGUGGAGAAUUUGGGGAACGUGAUCGAAUGCUGAUCCGAUCGUUGCUUCGGGUCGAUGUCCCUCCAUAGAAGUGGCAUGGAUUGUCUGCUCUCCGCUCCUCCCAUCCUUCAGACCUGCUCCCUACCGGCUAACACCUUGCACCUGCGACUUAAUCUCCUCCUCCUCAACCCUGGAUCCAUCGCCGAUGACUCGGAAACCUCUCUCCCUGCACAGCAUCGAAUCUCCCCUUUUGCGACCCCCACCCCUCGGGUUGCUCCGAACCCUGGCCCCCGCUACACGGCAUGUGCUCCCUGUGGCCCUUGCCCAUCUUGCUUGCGCUUGCUAGAGCGUGUUGUGCACUCGGAGGACCGUCUUCACCGUCUCCCCUUCUCGAGAGUCCACCGUCGAGUGGUUCUUAUGGGGACCUGCUGCCGCCAAUGCCUUUCCCAGGGGCCAACGGAGGGUCCACGAAUGGCUUUGACGUCUGGACCGUCGACCUCCCCCAAAGCAUGCUCGGCGUUGCGCAGGUCAAUCCCGAAUACAUCUUCUUCUAUCCUGCGCAACACAACGGCUUGGUAUCCUACUUCGACGGGUCCAUCGUGCUCCCUGGAGUAAGGUGCAUCGUCGGGAACGGGCUGUCCGCCUUGGAAGGCUGCUCGGCGUCUUUACUGCAGCAGCGCGCAUCGUCCAACUACAUCAUCAAGGCGCAAGAGCACCUCUUCAUCUUCUUCAUCGUUCCCAUCACUGCCGUCUCUACAGGAACCGACUAG